AUGACAGACUCGACGGUGAAUAGUUUGCACACAGUAUUUGUUAUUAUAUAUCUUCAGGAAUUCGCUUGGAUUUUCGCUCCUCUCCUCAUUAGCUCCAAUGUGUUCCUUCAUGCUUAUCUACGAAAAGUUCCUGAACGGUGGCUAUUUCUGUCAUUUUUAAUAUUCAUCUUCUUCCUCAUUUCUGGAAUCAUUUUAACUAUCACCCUCUAUCUGGCUCACUCUCGAGCACUCUGUCAACGACGGCCAACAUUCUUUUUGCCAUAUAUUAUAGCGAAAAUAGUUCGGAUUAUUGUUCUAGGAGCGGUAUCUCUAAUCAUCUUACUAACACCCGAACUUAUCACUUCGUACUUUUACGCGAGCAUUUAUGGGCUGUUUGAGUCUGCUGCGGCUGCGAUUGCACUCGAGGCUAGUUCUUCUUAUCCUUUUCUCUCAUAG